AUGGCGCUCCGUGCUUCUCUUCGAAAGUUGGUAGGCCACCCGUCGGCUACUCGCUCAUUCUCUUCGGCGGCCGUCGCACCCAGUUUUCCCGACUAUGUCCUCAAGGCUCCCACGACGGAUGUGACGGCCUUGGAUGGCGGUCUUCGAGUGGCAUCCGAAACAGUUGUUGGAAGUGAAACCGCCACGGUCGGUGUCUGGAUUGAUGCUGGAUCCAGAUACGAGACGGCCGAUAACAAUGGUGUCGCACACUUUCUAGAACACCUCUCCUUCAAGGGAACCGAAAAAAGGACCCAACAACAAUUGGAAGUCGAAAUUGAAAACAUGGGAGGUACUUUGAACGCCUAUACAUCUCGCGAACAGACCGUCUACUUUGCCAAGGUAUUCAAGAACGACGUAGGACGUGCCGUCGAAAUUCUAUCCGAUAUCUUGCUCAAUAGCAAAUUGGACGAAGCCGCCAUUGAUCGGGAACGCGAUGUCAUUCUACGAGAAAUGUCCGAAGUCAACAAACAGCAAGAAGAACUGGUCUUGGAUCAUCUCCAUGCUACGGCAUUUCAGGGAACUGGACUUGGACGUACCAUUCUAGGACCGGAAGAAAACAUUCGAUCCUUGAAACGAUCCGAUCUCGUCGAGUACAUUCAGACACACUACACGGCCCCUCGCAUGGUCAUUGCCGGAGCGGGAGCCAUUGAACACGGACAAUUGUGUGACCUUGCCGGGGAACAUUUUGGUGGAUUGCCCACGGCACCCAGUAAUGCCGCUGCGGUCGCCAUGGAUCCAGCCGUCUUUACCGGAUCUGAUUAUCGAGUAAGAUUCAACUCGGACGACACGGCCCACAUUGCCAUUGCUUAUGAAUCUGCCUCGUGGACUUCGGAAUAUGCAUUCCCACUCAUGUUGAUGCAAGUCAUGCUGGGAGCCUUUGACCGAACCAUGGGAAUUGGAAAAAAUCAUGCCUCGCGUCUGUGCCAAGAGGUCGCCGAAAAUGAACUCGCCCAUUCGCUCAGCACUUUCAACACUUGUUACAAAGAUACCGGGCUCUUUGGAGUCUACGUGGUCUGUCCCGAUGUCAAGGUCGAUGAUUGCAUGUGGACACUAAUGAACAACUUGGUCCGUCUCGUCCACACUCCCUCUGAUGAAGAAGUCGAACGUGCCAAGUUGAACCUCAAGGCCACCAUGCUCAUGGGAUUGGAUGGACACUCCAAUGUCGCAGAAGAUAUUGGACGACAGUUGUUGACCUAUGGACGUCGCAUGACACCGGCAGAAAUCUUUAGUCGCAUUGAUUCCGUCACAACCGCCGACAUUAAAGCCACGGCGGCCAAAUUCAUCAAUGAUCAAGAUCAUGCCUUGGCGGCCGUGGGUGGAAUUCACGAACUUGGUGACUACAACUGGUUCCGUCGUCAUUCCUACUGGCUUCGUUAUUAG